ACACCGGUUGUUAUCCCAAUUUGCCAAAAGGAGGCCAAACAAGACUCCCAGAUGUGUAUAGCAAAGCAUCUACGCAUACGAACCCACCCUCCUCCCCUUUAAAACUAAUUCACAGAGAUUUGUCGGUGAAUUUGGAUUUUCUCUCCUUUUUUGAAAGUUUUAAACAAACAAAACCCAUCUUCGACGUGGAAGCUCACGCAGAUGCCAAACUUCAGAGUCUCCUCCUCGCAUGAAAAUUGAAACCCCAAUCAACUAGCGUGUCGCUCCAUGACAGAAAAACACAGAAAUCCUCUCUGACUCGGUGACUCCCCCACUCAGAAUUCUAGAGAAAUAAGGAGAUGGAAGGCGUAGGAGGAGGAGAGAGAGGAGCCACGAGGAAGCGAGGAGGGAACAUGGAGGGCGAUAGGACUUAUAAGGGGAUAAGGAUGAGAAAGUGGGGAAAAUGGGUGGCCGAGAUUCGGGAACCUAACAAGCGUUCGAGAAUCUGGCUUGGGUCCUACUCGACCCCAAUCGCGGCGGCUAGGGCUUACGAUACGGCGGUUUUUUAUUUAAGGGGUCCAUCUGCCAGGCUUAAUUUCCCGGAAUUGGUUGGAGAGAGUGUCGGCGGCGGCGGCGAGAUGUCGGCGGCGUUGAUUCGGAAGAAAGCGACUGAAGUGGGCGCCAGAGUCGAUGCUUUCGAGACUGCUAUGCGCCAUCAUCAUCACGACGUUCAUCAACAUCAUCAUCACGAUGACGACGAUGACCACGAGACUAAACCAGUGGUCAGUAGCUGCGAAUUCAAGCCUUUGGUGGAGCGGGUUGACUUGAACAAGAUACCCGACCCAGAGGACUUAGAUAGCGAUCACUGGAAGACAAAUUAGAGAGACUUUAUGCAAGUCUUUUAUUUUUCCUCUUUUUUUGGGUCCUGUUUUUCAGCUUCUGUUUGUUCAUAGUGAAUCAGUGAUAGUUGCUAACAUGCGCUAAAGGAAGAUGACUGAACAAACGAUGAGGCCUUCUUCUUUUCUUCUUCUAUUUGGGUUAGUAAAAAUUUAGUGCUUGCUAGUAUUUCAUAUACGUAUUAGUUUCCUUGAGGAGAUUUCCACCUUGUAUAAAAGGUUCAAUUGUAUAUUACUUAGUCAUCAGCAUAUUUUCUAAGUUCAAUUCCUCUGUUUUUGGGGGGUUUGAUUGCAA